ACUUUACAACGUGGUCUCUUCCGAGGCGGAGGCGGCGGCGGAGGCAAAGGCGAAAGGGUCUGUGACGAGAGCGCGGCGAUCGAGAGAGACAGAAAGAGAGAGAGAGGAGAGAAGGAAGAGGCGGGGAUGGGAACGAUCUGUAAUGGAUACCUCUGUUCGGUGUUUCCAUCACCUCGGAGAUCUCUCGAGGGGAUUUCCUUUUUCCAUGGUAGUCAUCUCAGGAAUCUUGACAGCAGUUCGAGGAAGAAUUCCGGCAUCCGCUGCAAGAUCUCGGAGGGCGGCCCGGUGGAACAGGGCUCCCGUAAAAAUCGCGAGGUGGAGGACUAUAACACCGUCAUGAAGCGCAUGAUGAGGAACCCGUACGAGUACCAUCAUGAUCUUGGCAUGAAUUAUACUAUCAUAAACGAUAGUUUAAUUGUCGGUUCUCAGCCUCAAAAGCCCAAAGAUAUUGAUCACCUAAAAGAGGCAGAAAAUGUAGCAUACAUUCUGUGCUUACAGCAAGAUAAAGACAUUGAGUACUGGGGAAUAAAUUUUCAAGAUAUUCUCAACAGGUGCAAAGAACUUGGCAUUCAUCACAUGAGAAGGCCUGCAAGGGACUUUGAUCCAGAUUCACUGAGGAGCCAAUUGCCAAAAGCAGUCUCUUCACUAGAAUGGGCUAUUUCUGAGGGUAAAGGAAGAGUUUAUGUCCAUUGUACCGCUGGACUGGGAAGGGCACCUGCAGUUGCAAUUGCUUAUUUGUUUUGGUUCUGUGACAUGGAUCUUAACACAGCCUAUAAUACUGUUACUUCAAAAAGACCCUGUGGGCCAAACAAGCGAGCCAUCAGAGGAGCUACUUAUGAUUUGGCAAAGAAUGACCCGUGGAAAGAGCCUUUUGAGAGCUUGCCUGAGCAUGCCUUCGGGGGUAUUGCUGACUGGGAAAGGAAGUUGAUUCGAGAGCGAGUACGUGGACUUGGUGGAACUUGAGACAAUAUUAUUGUGUAUCACUCUCAAAAGAGCAAGCAGCCCUCCCUCCAGGUUUGGUGCUUUCGGGCAGGAUUUUGGGGAGCUCGGCAUCUUUCAAAGAUUUUUAUUGCUUGGAAAGUCUAGUACAAGAUUCUCUUGAGAGAUUUGAGCAGAUUAAUUCAAAAUAAUUUCAGGAUCACUUUCCUAUCUAAAGAAUGAUUGACCACCAGAUCGAUCAUUUGAUUGCCCUCCUUAUAAACAUAUGUGUAAUCUUUAUAGUCUUCAAAUCUCUACAGCAAGACUUCA